AGCAUCAUGCAUAUAAUUUCCUUUUUGACUUAAGGAUUGGAGGGAUGACGAGAACACACCUCUUUGCCUUUGUUUCAAGAAUCGGAAGACUAUGAUCGUGCUCAUUCAAAGUCUUCAAGCUCAAAAAAUCAGCAUGUAUGAUUUUUGGUAGCAUCGGGUAUGGUUUGAACAAAUGUACAUAACAAUUCUGGUCUUUCCUUGCAGCAUUGUCAUACCAGGCGACUUCGCGAUUAUCUUAUAAUGAUGAAAUGUUGACAAAGCAUGAGCAAUGGAUGGCUCAACAUAAACGCACUUACAAGAGCAACGAAGAGAAGUCGAAGAGAUUUAAGGUAUUCAAAGAUAAUGUAGAGUUUAUAGAAAGGUUCAACAAAGCUGGCAAGAACAAAUACAAGCUCGGAAUCAAUGAAUUUGCAGACUUAACUAAUGAAGAAUUCGUUGCGAAAUGUACUGGAGCCAAAAUACCAUCCUUUAAGAGAUCAUCAAAGACCCCGUUCAUGUAUGGAAAUGUGAAAGGUGUAGCAAGUAGCCUUGACUGGAGAGACAAAGGGGCAGUUACAGCGGUCGAGAACCAAGGAGGAUGUGGGUGUUGCUGGGCGUUUUCAGCCGUGGCUGCAAUGGAAGGCAUUUCUCAAAUCAAAACAGGAAAGUUAGUUUCACUAUCUGAGCAACAACUACUAGACUGCAUGACUACUACAGACAGCUGCAAAGGUGGCUGGAUGGAGCAUGCUUUCGAAUUCGCCACGCAGAAUCAUGGACUCGACUCGGACACCGACUAUCCUUACCGGGCUAAAGAAGGAACUUGCAGCCCCAAAAAGCCAUCCUCUCUUCCAGCAAUGAUAACUGGCCAUCAAAGUGUACCUAUGAAUAAUGAGACAGCACUUCUUAUGGCUGUGGCUAAUCAACCUGUAAGUGUUAGAAUCGACCCGACUCAAAUGCGGUUCUACAAGAGUGGGAUUUUAACGGGAAAUUGUGGAACUCAUCUAACUCAUGCUAUCACAGCAGUUGGAUAUGGUACAAGUGAAGAUGGUACUAAGUAUUGGAUAUUCAAGAAUUCUUGGGGUCCAAAAUGGGGAGAAAAUGGGUUCAUCAGGAUUCAAAGAGAUAUUGCUGCCAAAGAAGGAAUGUGUGGCAUUGCUAUGUAUCCUACGUUUCCCACAGUUUAAGAUUUUAGACGAGACAAUUCGUUAAGCCAAAUCAAUAAGAUUUUAAAGGAUCGAUUCACUUUUGCAGUAAAAGCAAAUUUGUAGAAAAUGGAAAAAUCGAACAUGAAGAUAUAUUUUACUCUAAAAAAGGUUUGGGUGUUCAGUCUUGCAACCUAAUCACCCGUUGAGCAUCACCAAAUGUGAUAUAGCUCAAGAUCCACUAAGUAUUAACCAAGAAUAGUACAAUAUGUAUGAAGAAACUAAGAGUUUCUUCGAGUUUCCUUUCACCUCUAUACAAACCGUAACCAAAACCCUCUCAAUCACUAAUGGACUGUACAAAACAUUUAGAGACUAUCUCUAAGAAUACAAAUUGAGAAAUCACUAAGAAUAUUUUGAAUUUGCAGUAAAGAGAAAACCCUAAUCUUUCACUCAGAGAAAAAAGGAGAAAAAAGGCUAAAGGACAUAAAGCAUCGAAUCCUCCAGCAUGAGGGCCAAAACCAAGUUAAGUAUCUGAAUAGUCAACCAUCAUUAUCCAUGGGUUAGGAUGAAGCCACGUGGACGGCUGAUCCUUAACCAUUAAAGAGGCAAACACGUUUUUUCUCCAAAAUACGAUUUCAUAACCAAGAAAUAAAAACAUAAUGGUCCAAGUCCAUAUUUAAGUCCAUUGGGCCAGGAAGAAAUAGUGAGGUAACCCACAUAUCAUAACACAAUUUAUAGGUGUUUAUAAUUUUAAAAGCUGAUUCAAUAUACUAUAUUCUCUUUAGUUGGAUGCAAAUCCUUCGGGGUAAGGCAUUAUGCCCCCCUCUGUGUAUUGAAUUGACUGAAAACUGUUCAUACACGUUUAAGAAAUGUAAAUCUUAAAUUGGGAAAAUUGCUUGCUCGCUAACACAAUGAAUAAAAUAGUUAGGCAGUUGAUUGUUGAUUGUUGAUCCUACUACUUAAUCUCUAUUACCAAAAUGACCAGCUAGCACUUCAUUUGUAGCUGACAAAGUCGAGUUCGUGCUCUCCACUUGGACUUGAUGGAUAUGUUACAACUCACAUUAAGUUUGGAGACUAUCAUUAGAAAGCUGUAGAAGACCUGAAAAUAAUUUUCUGUUGCUGAUUUUGGCACUGCAC